AUGACCGAUAUCCCAGAGCCGCGCACCCCGGAGCAAGCUCCUCCAGGUGCCGGCCAGGAGAUUCAGAGCCCUAGCUCGGAAUCCUCCUUGGACACCGCGCCGGUGCCCAAGGUAGGCCCCGCGCCUGGUGAGGACACUCCAGACUUCGGGGGAACGAGGCAAAAGAAGAAAGGUCUGGAAGGCUGGGCAGGGCAGGCAGCCCCGGCGAGUGGACCCACUGAGGCCACGCCGGAGGCAGAGCCGAAGGCCUUGCCAAAAGGCGCUCCGGCAGCGAAGGCCAACGGUAGGGAAGCUCCGGAGCAGGAGCAAAAGCCCACCUCGUCGCCGGCCGACGAAGGUGAGGAAGAGGAGUCAGAGGAGAGCUCCGAGGGCCAAGGGCUGGCGGAGCAGUACGGAGAAGCCCUGACCUUGCUGGACGAGAUCAGCCAGGCUAUCUUCGCGAGCGGUGGAGGGCACUUGCUCAAGAGCAUGCGUCUCCCAACUUCCCUUAAGGGGCGAGACGACUGGGAGCGCUUUGCCUUUCAAGCAGAGACCUACCUGGCGGUCGUAGACACCAGGUAUCCGGCAGAGCUGGAAAUAGCUCGAAAGCGCAAGGUGCCACUCCAAAUGGCAGCCAUGACCGAAGAAGUGCGGACCCUCAGCGUCCGCCUCUUCGGCAUGCUGGGCAGUUGGACCCAGGACUCCGCCACAGCUGUAAAGCUGGCGCACGGAGUGAAGGGCCAAAAUGGGUUCGAGCUCUGGCGUCUCCUGCGGCAGGAGCACAACCCAGAGAACGAGUCCAAGAACCUCACCUGGAGGCGGACCCUGCUGAUGCCGAAGUUCCCGCCAAAGGAAAGCGACUUCUCCUUGGCUCUGCAGGAAUGGGAGGCAGACGUGGACCGCUACGCCUCCGAGUAUGGCGCAGGGCGCGCCCUAGCAGAUGAAGAUCUGCGGGCAGUGCUGGUGACCGAGAGCCCCAACGCUCUUCGGCAACACCUCGCUAUGCACGCGGCGAGUCUUUCGACUUAUGCCGAGGUGAGGGAAGUAGUGGUGAGCUACUUGCAAGCCAAAAGGGUCUGGACCCCAAGUGCGGGCUACGCCGCCUCUUCCCGAAGGGACCCUAACGCCAUGGACAUUGGCAGAAUAGGGGACCGAGACGGAAAAGAAGGGAAGGGCAAAGGCGACAAAGGCAAGAAAGGGGACAAGGACCACAAAAAGGGCAAGGGCGACCACGACCACAAAGGCAAGAAAGGGGACAAAAAGGGGAACCAGCAAGGAGGUAGAGACGGCAAAGAGAGAUGCCCCAUCUGCUGGAAAACGGGGCACACCGUAAAAGAGUGCUGGUUCAACGCCAAGGGAAAAGGCAAAGGCAACAAAAGCCAAGUGGCCCAGGUGGCCGACGACGCGGCCACAACGUUGUCAACAGCCUCCUUGGCGACUGCGGGCCCCUCCGCGUCCCAAGCUGGAGGAAGCACUGGCGGCUCUGGCGGUAAAGGCCAGGUGCGCCAGGUGCGCGACGACCGCAUCUUAGGUGUGCGGUUUGCCCCGCCUCACGACACCGAGCCAGAAGAGGAAAAGCCCGAGGCGUUUCCCGACCUGCAGCCCGCGGGCCCACCAAAGAGCCUUUACUCGGUGGACAACAGCCGGUGCGGCAUUUGGCUCCACCGAGAGGACAGCCACAUUUUGUGGCCCGACGGCGUCCGUCAACAAACCGGGUGGCACCGGUGGCGGCAGAGCCACCGAGCCGACCUGGGACACUACGACUACAUCCCGGAGCACGACCUCGAAGCUCGAGAGGUGGAGGACGCGGCGAUGGAAGCAGCAGCCGACGAGGAGGCCGAAGCUGCUGAAGAGGAGAACGUGGUGCGAGAAGUGCGUGCGGAGGGAAAGGCGCGCGAGGACCCUCACCGCCGCCGGGAGCCCUCGGAUGAUCCGGUGACGCCGCUUGUCACCAUGGAUUAUCAGUUCUAUAGCCGGGACGGGAAAGAAGUUGAGGAAGAAGCGUCGCUUGCCACGGUGCUGAACCUCACAGACAGGGCCACUGGCUGGACUCUGUCGGUUCCCGUGGCGCACAAAGGGCACAGACACGCGGCCUACGCCGCAGGGCUAGUGGAGCAGUUCGUGGAUCGCCUGGGGCACGUGGCCUGGCUGCAAGCCCGGUUCGGGACCAAGUCGACGGACGGGGUGACACAUCGGGCCGCCACUGGCACCGACUAUGGUGGAGCACUUUGCUCUUUUGGGGAAACCGUUCUAGCUAAGCUCCCGAGGCCCGGGAACAAAGCGCAAGUGAGCUGGGUCAAAGGGGUCUGGGCCGGCAAGCUGGAGCGCGACGACUCCCACGUGGUGCUAACCGAAGCUGGCGCACUCAACGUGAGGAGGAGCGUCAGGCGACUCCCGCCGGAGACCCGGCACCAGACGGCAGCCGUUCUCAAAGCGUGCGGCCUGCCUUGGAACCCCAGAUUUGGCCGCUCAGCGCCAGCAGAACGCAGCGAGCCGAUGAUGGUUCCAAUCCCUCUGGCCACGCCGGCCGAGGAAGUGGAGCGGCUAGAACCGCCCGGUGAGCCCUGGCUCUUCAGCGACGGGCCGCGGCCCGACGACGAGGCCCUCUUAGUCGGGGGCCGAGCAGGCCAGCAGGCUCCCGGACGCCAGCCCUACCGAGGAGCUGGCAACGCAGACAUACCGGACUACGAGCCGUCCGACGUGGAGGCAGCACCUUCCGCAGCAAGCGCUGCCGCAACAAGCGGCAAGCCCCAGCCGCCAACGACGGCUCAGGCGAAGGGGGGCAGAAGCGUGACAGACCUGCUAGACCGGAUGCUCGACCCCAAGCAGGUCGAGCAGGCACGCAAGGAGCAGCUAAGAAAGCUGUGGGACCGAGGUACAAGUCAAGGUGUACCUGUCAAGGCCCGCUACAGCCCAGAACAGGAAGCUGGCUUGGACGUUUUCGUCCCAACGCCAACGCCCGAGAGUCACUCCCUACUUGAGGUAGCAGCGCUACACAACGAAGGGUGGGUCACAAGGUCUCUGGAUAUUGUGGCCGCCUUCCUCAUAGGGAAGGACCGCGGUGCGGCGGAAGGCCGCCCGGUCUACAUGUAUGCGCCUGUGGAGUGGCGCGAGCUCUUUGACCAAUGGGUCUUGGAGCAGCCUGCAAAGGACCAGCAGUGGUACCGAGACCACUUCCGGGACUUUGUGUUCCGAGUGGACGGCAACCUCUACGGCCGAAGAACGGCUGGGUCCGUCUACAGGGACGAGCUGGAAGAAGUCCUCGCUGGCAAGCUGGCCAAGGACUACGACUUCCAGCGGGGCGUGAAGGACCCGUGCGUGUACCUAGACCGCCGGUCCGGCCUAAUCCUUCUCCACCACAUCGACGACAUCCGUGUCGCAGGCCCCAAGGCCGCAGUGCUGAAGUUCACGGAGGUGGACCUUCCGACGCACUGUGAGAUAACGGUGGGAGAACUGGAAGAGCCGGGCACAGCGGUGGAGGUCCUGGGAAGGACCAAGGUGCGCACAGAGGACUCUAUCCUCACGCUGCCCGACAGCAAGCACGCUGAGAAUGUGCGAGUCGAGGAGCUCUCUGCGGGUGACGCCGCGAGGUUCCGCAGCGCCGUGGGUAGUGCUAUCUACCUGUCGGCGGACAGGCGAGACAUACAGUUCGCCGUGAAAGAGCUGGCGCGAAGGAUGCAGAACCCAAGGGUCUGCGACUGGCUCGCUGCGGAAACCCUCGCGCGAUACCUGCGGGCAACCCCGCGGUUUGGAAGGGUAGUUGUGCUGGACCCCGCGUCCAAGAGCACAGCUCUUCUGAACUUGGAGGUCUACUCCGACUCCGACUGGGCAGGGUGCCCAGAAACGAGAAGGAGCACAGACAACAUAGUUGCCUGUCUCGGGGGAGCAGUCAUCCAGACAAGCUGCCAGACACAGCCCGGCCUCCCAGCCACCUCCAGCGGAGACGCGGAGAUCCGGGGAGUGUCGCGAGCAGCAAGGGAGGCCGUCUUCCUACGAGAGCUUGCGGAGAAAGACUUCGCCCUAGCCUGCGGCUUGCCGCGGCUCUGGGCAGACUCCGCAGCCUCGAUCGGAGCCGCCAAGCGCAUAGGACCAGGGUCCAAGCUGAGACACCUGGAAGUCGCGGAAUUCUUUGUCCAAGGCGCGCUCAGAGCCAAACUUCUCGAACUGAGAAAAGUUAAGGGAACCGAAAAUCCGGCAAACUUCGCUACCAAGCACGCGAAGACUGGACCGGAGGUGCGGCAAUCCCUGCCCUCCAUGGGCAUGGUGGACCUCGAUGCGGUCGCAGGCGCCACCGAGGCUCUGGCCCAAAAGGGCACGAUCAAGUCGAUCCAGGCAAGCCCCUGGAAGAUGAGACCGCCGACCAAGCUCACGAGCUCGGCGCUCAUGGCCACAAUCGUGGCACUGCAGGUUCGACCUGCUAAGGCCCAAGGGCACGACUUUGCUGAGCUGGUGCUCGGCUUCGCGGCUUUUGGCUUCCUGGCCUUCCUGUGGAUGCUUUGGAGCCUGGUCUCCUGGCUCUGCAGACGCAGACCUGAAAGGCAGGAGCCAGAGCCCGAAGAUGAGAUCGAGCACCACGCCGAAGCGUGUCGAAGAGCCGCCGCGUGCAGCCCAAAGGGCCACGGAGGUCCGCCCCCUGCGGCAGCUCCUCCACCACCGCCGCCCGCUGCACCAAGGGUGCGGCGCAGGCGUAGGGGACCGGAACCCCUGUCCGGGGACGACGAGCAUCUCUACGAGACAGCCCGUGGUGACAAGAUCCACCUGUUCACCAACUGUAAUGGGCUGAGCUCCGUCCCAGCGGAUCAAAUCCUGAUCGGCUUUCGCUGCCAUUGUGCAGCAGAUCCUCAGAACACCGAGUUCCUCUGGACCGGGUUCGCCUUUCAAGUGGCCACCGGCCGCGUCGUGCGCCGGUACCAUGGCCAACAGCGCGGUUGCCCAUUCAUGCAAGGGGCAACGAUCAGACACAGGGUGUGUCUCCACUGCCGCAACGGGCACCAGAGCACCAAGCCCGGCAGUGCGGUGAACAACUCCCGCCACUGGGAGCAUCCACCUAGAGGCCCCUAG